UGCGUAUAUAACGGACAACAGUGCAUAACCGAAUCGAAGACGUUUCACCAGAGUAAAUCAAUUUUAUCGGGUUUCGCUGGUUCUUCUUCCUCUCAGGUUUCUUCUCUGCUGUCUCCAGGUCUUCCGUUUCAAGUUCACCUCUCUCAACCUUCAUGGCCGAACUGCCACAGAUGGGGAAUAUCUUUCCUCCAACCACAAUUCUAACUCCCUUGCCAGCAUUAGUGAGAUUAUUCCUCUGCUCUCACUAGAUGAUGAUGAACGAGGAGAGGAAGAGUCUCGUAGAGUGGUCAUAAGAUCUUACUGGAAUUACCAAAUAAGGUGCAAAAACAUCCAUGGACCAUAACUGCAAUUGUACCUUAGUUAUUGGUUAAGACAGAUGGGGACGGGAGGGAAGCUUGGGAACACGCAAAGUAUUUCAAGAAGGGUUCAAUCAAAAACCAAGGAUUUUGAUGAUUCUGAUGAGGAUUACACGGUGGGAGAUGAUGAAGAAUGCAAUGCAACAGAUGAAUACUGUUCUUCUUUUGCUGGAGAUGAAUCAGAAGAAAUUUUAGGUGAAUUAGAAGAAGAUGAAGAGGAAGUGAAGAUGAGGGAGGUUGCUAGGUCAAAGAGGCAAAAGAGUAAUUCUGGAACGAAGGGAAUUGGUUUUGAAAAACCGCAGAAGAAAAAAAGGGUUUCAUAUAAUGAAUACGAUGAUGAGGAUUAUGAUGGUGAGGAUUAUGACGAUGAUGAGGAAUUUAUGCCGGAUGAGAUUGAUUAUGUAGAUGAUGAAGAUGAAUUGGUGGCUAAGAAAAAGAAGAAUAGGAAUGUAGGCAGGCCCUUUUUGAGGGAAAAGAGUUUUGUCAAAGGGCGGAAGAGGAAGAGGAAUUCUAAGGUUAUGAAAAAAGUCAAAAAACCUAUGAGAAAGAAACUAAAGAGGAAGCAUGGGUUUGGGAGGAAAUCAACUGCUAGUAUUGAUUUGAAACUCACAGACAACAACAUUGAUGUGAAAGGAAGGAGUAAGAAAAGUUUCGGGCAGAGAAAAAGGAGAUUGAAAGCAAAUUCUGAUCCGGAUUUUAGGAGUUCUGGAUCAUCUGAUUUCGAGUACACCAUCUCUGAGGAAGAGAGAGAACAGGUGAGAGAGGCCAGUGAAUUUUGCAGAAGUUUAACUACCAGUUUGAAGAAUUCAUAUUCAUCAAAUAUAUCACAGGGACCCCUAAGUCAGCAACGUCCAGGAAGAAAGGGUAAGGAGAAGGUAAAGGACUUGAAGGAUGAAGUAGGAAAGCAAAUAUGUGGGAUUUGUUUGUCAGAAGAAGGGAAGAAGACUAUCCAAGGAACAAUAAAUUGCUGCACUCAUUUCUUUUGUUUUGCCUGUAUCAUGGAGUGGUCAAAGGUGGAAUCUCGUUGCCCUUUGUGCAAACAAAGAUUUGUGACAAUUAGUAAGCCUGCAAGAUCAAAUAAAGGAUUUGAUUUGAGGACCGUGGUAACACAGGUCCCUGAACGUGAUCAGGUCUAUCAACCAUCUGAGGAAGAACUUAGAGGUUUUCUUGACCCGUAUGAAAGUGUUAUGUGUACUGAAUGCCAGCAAGGUGGGGAUGAUGCUCUGAUGUUACUUUGUGAUCUCUGUGAUUCGCCUGCGCAUACAUAUUGUGUUGGUCUUGGACGUGAAGUACCUGAAGGUAAUUGGUAUUGCGAAGGCUGUAGAUUAACUGCUCUUGGUUUCUCAACUCCACAAGCUCCAAAUCCUACAACUGAUCAAAGAAGAAGUAACUUGUCUGUUGGCACAUCUCCUUUUGACAAUGUUGGGGAAAGUUUAGACCCCACUUCCAUGUAUGUUCCUGAUACGCCAUUGACUCAAGGAACUGGGCUUUUUUCAUCUCCUAGAGAUCGUGAUGGAGAUCUUGGAUCUGCUUCUUCUGUAUCUGGAGCAGGGGCAUUUACUGUAUCGGAAAGACGCAGGAUUCAGAGUCAUAUACACCAUCUACUUAAUAAUAGAAUGAACCGAUUGGAUAGUAGAACCAAUGGGAUAUCAGCUAGACCUUUGGGAAACAAUUUUUCUGGCUCUGAGAUUGAUCAAGGUAGGGAAGUGGCAUAUCAAGAUUCAGUAACAUCAGAAAGGGUAGCAACCUCUCACAAUUUUUUCGAGGGAAGGUUACAGGAUAAUCCCACAUAUUUAGCACAGAAUAGGGAUCAUUCCUGUACAAGAUUUAGCAAUUCCAGGGCUACAUGUACUGAUGGUUCUGUCAAGGGGCGAUCUGAACUUGGGAUCAAUGUGGGGAUAAAUUUAAGAUCGGAUAAUGAGCAGCUCCUUCCACACCAUAGCAGAUCAAGCAUUGGGUCUGACGCAAGUGUAUCCAUGACCCACUUCAUUGUGGAGAAAGAACAAGUGCAAUCAAUGGUUAAAAGUCAUUUGAAAAGCUUGUCCAGAGAUACGGAGUUAGGCUACAGUACCUUCAAGGACAUAGCACGGAGCUCUACACACACAAUUUUAGCUGCAUGUGGACUGGACCAUCGUGGUAGUGAGGUUUACCCUGUGCAGCCACCGCCAAUCUGUAAUCAUGUUGAACAAACGACAGUUGGGCAGAUGAGUCCGACGAAAGGUCACUGCUCAAGUUGUUUUGAUUCAUUUGCGAGGGAUGUAGUGCGCGUGAUCAUGAAUUCGAGACUGCCUCCAUGCUCUAGGGACUAGGAACCAAUGCCGGUGAGUAACCUGUUCAGCAAAACUGUUUUGUAUGCCUCCUUUUUCGAUAGGAUUUUAGACAAAAUUCUCUAGUCAGAUUGUUUAUAAAGAUGAUGUUUACAGUUUUUUAGUCAUUGUUUAGACUGGCUGUGCACAAAUUGUAAUAUUUCCACUAAUAAUCUGCUAAUUUAUUCAUACAAAUAAAUCACUUGGGUAGAACUGUUAGUUUAUUGUUACCUGAUCAGUUUGGUGAUCAGUGCUUUAGACAGGCUGUGUACAAGUUAAACUUUUAUUUUACUAUUAACUUUCUGUUUGAUUGCUUC